GGCUCUGCGCAAGCGCAUGCGUUUCGUGUCUAGAUACGUUCGAAACUUAAAUCGGAUUUCGUUUUCUUCCUUAUUAAAUAAAAAGUGCAGUUUACUGUUUCUAAACAUAUUUUAUUACAAAAGUUAAGUGUAUCUUGUGAGGAUGAAACAAACCUAUUUGCUAAAGAAUAAUGAAGGAAAAUGAGACGACGCUGGUAACUGACUCUUCGAUAGCACUUGAAAAGGCCCAGUUCCAAUAGUCCAACAUUACAUUAGGUUCUAUUCCAAUUUUGUAUAACCAAAUGAAAGAGUUCAGAAGCUUAUAUGCAAACAGAUAAAAAAUCUAACAGGUUUUAUUAAAAUUGGAAGGGAUGUUCCUUAAAACAGACUAAGAACUCCUAUCUUUAUGAACAUAACAGAAAGUGCAGUCAUGACUAAUCUGAAAUAAAAAAUAUCGGCAACGAAGCCAAAACAGCUUAUUGUAAGGAAGAUUAAAAAUCUAGCUCGUUAUAUAUGAAGGUCGAUAAUAUAACCACUAUGUCAGUCAACAAUGACUUGAGCGACUCUUCGGAUGCCGCGCCGAAAUUGCGUAUGAAGCCAGCGGUCAACAAGAUAUUCUGCUGUAGUGUCACGGCUGCAUCGGGGUUCGUCGCGGCGUAUGCUUUGGUGGCAUACGCUAUAGCCCUAAUCUACGAGAUAGUGUGGGUGGUGGAGUCACAGAGCGGUUUGCCGAUUCCCUCGGUGCUUCUCAUGAUAUGCUACUGCGUCGUCAUCGCUGCCACCGUCACCCUGGUGCACGGACUCAUUUCGAAAAACAACACCUACCUAUUGGCCUGGCUGAUAGCAGUUAUCCUAGUCUUAAUACCAGAAUGUGCUCUAGUCUUCUACAUGUCUAUAAGUCAUUGGGGUCUGCAAGGAGUGUACGGCGGUGCUGAACUGGCUUGCUACGUGGCGCGGUUGCCGGCAAUAGUAUGCGGUGUGGUGCUGGUGCAAUCUGCAUACGCAUUACGGGAAGCUAGGAAAGGUGAAUACGGCAAUCCGGCAGCAGUAAGCGGCAGCGAGUUUGAUGCCAGCCAUUUUGUGGCAGAUACGCCCAGUGCAUUUACAAACGAUGGCUUCAUGGCUGACAAUGGAAAAACUGGAUCAAUGCCGGACCUCCGACGUCACUUAGCAUCACGGCAAUCCAUGAACAUGGGCUAUCCACCGAUAAUGCUACCGCAACCUCCUCCUGCGUACUGGCAACACCUCGCCGACAGGCAGUACGCCGCAAGCCUUCGCGGAUACCCCAAAUCCUUCGCGCCCCCACAGAACUUCGGCACAUGGGUCGGUCCCAGGACCGGUCCAUUCGCCGACAACCCCUAUAAGAGGAGACAUUCCGUUGUAGGCGCGUUCAACACAGAUGAAUAUCCUUCAAAAGGUUACGAUUUCGAAGAAAGGGUGGAUUGCAAAAGCGAAAUGGGUUAUCCAUACAGGCCGUACAUGUACGAUCCGAGGGUGUACCCUCCAGAUUACGACCCGAGGUUCUUCCAAAGUGAUCCAUAUGGCAACUUGAGACAUGACCCUUAUCACUUUAGCGGAUCGAGAGAAAGAGUUUUCUAUGGGAUAAGAAACAGUCAUAAUUCGGUUGGCAACGAGUCUGAUGAUCUGACUAAGUAUAAGGAUGUAGCUCUGUGAAGUCAACUGAGCAAUAGAAUUUUCAGUCUUAAUAGAAUGUUUCGGUUGCACACGAAUCUUUAAAUCAUUACAAUAAAUAUUGACAAGUCUUUAAAUAGUGCUCUCCUUUUUCGUCGAGAACAUUGUGAAAAGGAUAGUGAGAGUACUUUUAGACUUAUCGAUUUAUUUCGCGUAAAGACUGGUGUAUAGCCGCAUUAGCACCAAUUAAUUUGAGGAAUGUAUGGUACUCGUAUUUUAAUCCAAUCAGCACGAAGAAUUUCAAACGCUAUUAAAGCCGUUUAGUGGCUAUAACGUGAACUAUAAUUUAUGCAAGAUAGCUAUUGGAUAACUUUUAGUUCUGGUUCGGAAGUUGCGAAUGUUUGAUUAAGAGUAAUGCAUCGUUCAAAAAUAAUUGGUGCUUGUUUUUGGUGCUAAUAUAGGUAUAACUUUAAGUAGGUAUCUAUAAGUUGUUUAUUUUUGAAUUAGAAAACAUUUUUCAAUGGGCACGUACCUACAUAUUAUCAUUACAUAAUUCAUAAAUGUUUUAUUUAUAGUGUGAUGUAUAUUUUAAAAUAUUAUAAGACUUAAAACUGAAGAUGCAUAUUUGUCAGUUGCUCAUUUUGGCAGCAUACCCAAAAGCAAUUAGUCACCAUAUUUGAAACUGGUAACGUAGAUACUUUUGCAAACUUUAACUGCUCGCAAACGUGGUGCAAAUAUUAACGAUAAUUUGGAAGUUUAUAUACUAAAUUAACUAAGAUCUAUUGUUAAAUCACAUGUUAAUAUUUCAAUGAUGGUUUGGAUUAUUAUGUUUGUGGGCUUGUGACUUUUAUAAAUUACCUAAAUAAAAUUAUUGUUUUUUUAGACAAUUUUAAAAUAAAUUUCAAAUAUCGUUUUCUACACAUACUUAUUUUAUGGCGUGGGAGGGAAUUCAAUUAUAAUAAUAUGAAAUUGGCAUCUCAAUGAUAUAAAAACUAUAAAAUUAGUGACUCUUUAAAGUGUUUUUGAAUUUCCCUUUAAAUUCAGACGAGUCUGAGGAUGUAACUUAGGCGUUUUUGCAUGAAGAAAUCUGGAAUUUGCUAUCGUUGUACCUAUAAUUAAGUAAACAUAGACUAAAGUAUAAUUUAGAUGUAAGUAGGUAACUCUCUAUGAAAUUAAGUAUUAAUAGUUUUAGCAUGUUACCUUAAUAACCAAAGGAUUGUAUUUGUUCUAAUGAAUGAAAAUAAUAUGUAAAAGAAAAACUUUCAGUCACUACAUUGUUUAAGAAAUUAUAGUUUUUUUACAACUGA